AAAAAAAAAAAAAACAGAACUUCAGACAAGGUUGCCUAAUGAGGAUAGCAACAGCUGUUUGUUUGACAAUUGUUCAAUUCUAACUUGCAAGGUACGGUGGAAUCUUCGGAAUCUGUGUUUGCUUUUUAACACCUAAAAAGAGUCAGUAAGGUUUGUUCAUUUAACUUAAAAGAGUCAGAAAGAUUUGUUUAUUUAACUUACUCUGGUGGGAAUCAUUGGAUGGUUUGGACCACAACAUUGGGACACAUGGAAAACGCAUAGGGUUUUGAAUCUCAAAUUAGCCGAGGCUAUAAAUAGAAGAUUAAAACUUGCGCGUUGCUUGUCAUUUUACUGUUCAGAUUCCCGUGUUUCUCGUGCUUAUCGAACAACAUUGUUAGGAGUAUGCCAUCAAAGUCUAUUAGCUUCAAUAUUCACUGAAAUAAUGUCAAAAAGUCGAACUCGUUUAGACGAAUAAAAUUUUCUUUUUCUGAAAGAUGAAAGUAUUGCCAACUAAACUAGACAAACUGAUCACUCUUCUCUGAACAUUGGGCACGCACAUUUUCCCUUUCGUAAAAGAUCUCCGGCGCUGUACCAUUCCAUCUCUAAACCAAUCCAAAUCGUCAUAGUCAUGCCCCUUGGCCCUCUUCUAGAGCCAAAUCUAAACCCAACAGCCUCUUCAAUAAAUUAAUACUACUAAAUUAUUUACCUUUUCACUCACCGCAAAGCACCUUCAAAUAGCAUGUUCCCAGGUCCGUUCUCCGCAAACAACUGCUGCUGUUGCUUCUGCAAUUACUCAUCCCUUUUUGUUAAAUUUCAGUUCUUAUAAAUAUUUCUGCUUUUUACUGUUCGAAAAGCAAUGUCGAGCUUAUCCAACUCGCUUCAACUUAAGCAUGGGCUUGCUCUCUGUUGCCCUCACUCAUCUUCUUUGACCCGUCCUCACCCUUCCUCUUCCAUCGGAUUCAGAAGCUUCCAUAGAAACUUCGUCGUUGCCUCCUCUUUUUCUAACGACAACCGAGAAUUUGUGAUCGUCGGAGGGGGCAAUGCUGCCGGAUAUGCAGCGAGGACUUUCGUCGAAAACGGAAUGGCUGAUGGCAGGCUAUGUAUUGUAUCCAAAGAGGCAUAUGCACCUUACGAGAGACCGGCUUUGACAAAAGGCUACUUGUUUCCACUUGACAAGAAACCAGUUCGAUUACCUAGUUUUCAUACUUGUGUUGGAUCUGGUGGUGAAAGGCAAACUCCUGAAUGGUAUAAAGAGAAAGGGAUUGAGAUGAUUUAUGAGGAUCCAGUAACAAGUAUUGAUACGGAAAAGCAAACCCUAACCACAAAUUCGGGCAAAUUGUUGAAGUAUGGAUCUCUUAUAAUUGCUACAGGAUGUACAGCCUCAAGAUUUCCAGAGAAAAUAGGAGGAAACAUUCCUGGUGUGCACUAUAUUCGGGAUGUUGCAGAUGCUGACUCACUAAUUUCAUCUUUGGAGAAAGCAAAGAAGGUGGUGAUUAUUGGUGGUGGUUAUAUUGGGAUGGAGGUUGCUGCUGCAACUGUUGGCUGGAAACUUGAUACUACAGUCAUUUUCCCAGAGAAUCAGCUUUUGCGAAGAUUAUUCACUCCUUCCCUCGCUCAAAGAUAUGAAGAACUAUACAAAGAGAAUGGCGUCAAAUUUUUAAAAGGUGUUUCUAUCAAAAACUUAGAAGCUGGUUCUGAUGGACGGGUAGCUGCUGUUAAACUUGGAGAUGGAUCUAUUGUAGAAGCUGACACAACAAUUAUUGGUAUUGGAGCAAAACCUACAGCUAGUCCCUUUGAAGUGGUGGGAUUAAAUACUACUGUUGGUGGCAUACAGGUCGAUGGUCUGUUCCGGACAAGCAUACCUGGAAUUUUUGCAGUUGGAGAUGUUGCAGCAUUUCCCCUUAAGAUGUAUGACCGUGUAGCACGAGUUGAACAUGUUGAUCAUGCUCGUCGAUCUGCACAGCAUUGUGUUAAGGCGUUACUUAGUGCACAGACUCACAUGUAUGAUUAUCUGCCCUAUUUUUACUCGAGGGUUUUUGAGUAUGAAGGGAGCCCCAGGAAAGUUUGGUGGCAGUUUUAUGGGGACAAUGUUGGAGAGACAUUUGAGAUUGGGAACUUUGAUCCAAAAAUUGCUACUUUCUGGAUAGAUUCUGGUAAACUGAAAGGAGUUCUUCUUGAAAGUGGAAGUGCUGAGGAAUUUGAACUCCUUCCAGAACUUGCAAGGAACCAGCCUUCCAUUGACAAAACCCAGCUUCGGAAAGCAUCUUCGGUUGAGGAGGCACUGGAAAUUGCUAAAGCCUCCCUACUAAAUGAGCAGAAAGCUUAGUUGCACAAAAGAACAGCUCCAUGAAAAGUACUGAUCUCUGCACAAAAAUACCACCAUAUAGUAAGUUUUCACUAGUCUUACUACAGCGGGGGAAUUAUUCCUCAUAAUAUCUUGGAACCUUUCUCAUUCUUUCGUGAAAUAAUUGUUUGAAACUAAGCACGAAAGGAAAGGUAUACGUUUACUUUGAUAUGCAGACAGAGUGAGAGAAAUGCAGCACCUAGAAAUUUUGGUAGAUGAAACUGCUGCUGAGCGUUUGAGCAUCCAAUAGUUAAAUCAGUUCCUUGUGUAAUAAUGCACUGUCUUUGUUUUGGGAAUAUGAUGUUCUGUUGGUGGCUGCUGCUGGAAUAUCUAUACGUUUGAAUAUAUCUUUAGUCCUGUGCUGUUAUUGUUGAGAUGUUAGGCCAGUUAGUGGUAAUGAAUGAAUGCGGCUCCCAAGCACUUGCUCUUUGGGAUUAAAUGGCGGCAAUUGCUGUAUUUGGGCUGCCCUCGCCCGUCCUUCCAAUAUCCUAACUCGGUACUUCCAAAAGCCCAUCAUUUUUUUCCUCUUCCUGCUCAGAUGUCGAACUUGAUUUUUAGCAUAUAUUAUACAUUUUUAAAAAUAAUAGACAAAAUUUAGUUGAUUUAUAUAAAGAUAGCAAUUAGA